AUUUCAGCGGCAUGCAGGGACUCGUCCCCACGGCGGCGGGUGGCAACAUGGCGACAGAGUUCCACAAUCUGCAAGAGUUGAGGCACAGCGCAUCUCUGGCGAAUAAAGUCUUCAUCCAGAGAGACUACAGCGAAGGAACCACCUGCAGGUUUCAGACCAAGUUCCCCUCUGAGCUGGAGAGCAGGAUUGAGCGGACACUGUUUGAGGACACUGUGAAGACGUUGAACAACUACUAUGCAGAGGCAGAGAAGAUAGGAGGCCAGUCCUACCUGGAGGGGUGUCUGGCCUGCACUACAGCAUACCUCAUCUUCCUCUGCAUGGAGACACGUUACGAGAAGGUGUUGAAGAAGAUAGCCAAGUACAUUCAGGAGCAGAAUGAGAAGAUCUUUGCUCCCAGAGGGCUGCUCGUCACAGAUCCCAUCGAAAGGGGAAUGCGUGUUAUAGAGAUAUCCAUCUAUGAAGACCGGGGCUCCAGUGGCUCCAGCUCGGGCAGCAGCUCUGUGUCCGGCAGCACCGCUCGAUGACUGGGUACUUCCUGACAGCCAUGUCCCCCUGAUCACUCGCAACCCUGGAGAACUUAGGACAAUAAUGCUACUCUCGUUCUAACACUUGGCCCACACCUCCCAAAGCUGCGCUCACACAAAGGAUUCACUAGUUCUUGACAAAGACGGGCACGUUGCGCCGGACGUGCCUUCACAUGCUAAAGGUGUCCACGCUUUUAAAACAUGCACUGUAGUAGUUUGUUGCAACGCCCUGUGCAUGGCGACACAGUCAUGUUACUACUGUACGAUGUCUCAGUGAAAAGAAAUACUUUGUGUGAUCGUACCGCUACCUUCCUUCCUGUCCUCUUUGAAGUUACCGCAGCUAUGUGUAAUCGAGUGGGUGAGAAAAGCAUGUAAGGAUGUGAGAAAAGGAGGGAGGAAGUGUUGAAGACCACAAGCCUCACCAAACCUCAUACCUCAGCCACCACAGCUGCACCAUGAAGUCCAGCUCAGCCACAGCCGCACCACACCAGACCAAACUGGACCAAACUGGACCAAACGGACUGAACCUUGAUGUAAGGAGGAAGUAGAAGUAUUUGAAGGCAUCACAACGUUUCACCAAACCUGUAUAAACUGUCCAAGGAACGUCUUUCACGUCUGAUGUAAAACCGUGCUGUCUGGUAGCAGAUGAAUGUCGUUCAGCCCCACUGUUUAUUUUAUGUAGCAGAUCUUCCAUUUUUCUCACACGAAGCCUAUUUUUUUUCUUAGUUAGACACACAAACGUAUCCAAGUUCUAACCUCUUGGUUUUCAAUGAGUGAGAUCAACUAUCCUAAAUUUUGGAUUAUGCAAAGAAAUACUGUGCAUCGAAUGCAGUCGUACGGAAGGCAAAGGAUGGGUCAAAAAGUCUUCCUAAAUCUUACCUGUCGUGUUUUAAAAUACAGCAACCUUUCCUUGAUUUCUGAGUAAGCUUCCAAAGAACAAGAACUGCCAAAAACUGGCUCACGAUUGUGAAUGUGUCUUUUAUUUUGGUGACAUUUUGUGCAAGAGCAAAACUUUCGUACUGCUUGUUGUUUGAUACACGUGGCAAGGAGGUAUAUAUGACUGCCGUCAAAUAAAUACUGUUUCAUCACA